AGGUGGCGCUGCAAAUGCUGGGCGAAUAAAGCAGUUGCCUGGCAUUGUGCCGAAACUCAGUUUCAGAGACAACAAGGAUUGGGAAACUAUGCCGUGGGUAAUCUGAGACUACACUCCUGGGAGGAAAAUAUCCAUUGCACACAGCGUUGGAGGAAUUCAGCACAGUUGAGUACAGCUGAGUUUCUCUAGCAUCCACAUAAUCUCUUGUUUAUGAACACUUCAGUCAUGCUUUGACCCCAGAUUUUUUCCAUCAUUUUCCCUCACCUCCUUCCCUUCCCAAAUUGUUGUAUUAUCUCACUCCCUCUUAGGCCAGUAUUAUCUCCACAUUCAUUGGUGUCUGAACCAGAGCUGGUACUCGAUUGAAGAGGCCAAGAUGGGAAAAAUGAUACCAUUGGUGGUGGGAUUUGUGUCUAAAUCUUGACCAGUACCAUUGCUUGUUGUUGUGAUAGGAUCACUCUUCUGCUGGUUGGAAGAAAGUUGAUCCAUCAUCAGAGGGGGUGUAUGAUUCUGGGAUGAGAGGGGAAGAGAUUGUAAUGCAGCUUAAAUGUUCCCCACAGAACAAUGGACAGUGCCAUGGCAAUGUUCUUUCUCAGAGGCCAGAUGGGCUGGACCUUGAUGUCCUGCUCUCUCCACUUUCACAAGGACAGUCGUUGUCCAGCACUUAAACACUAUCUUCCUCAACUGUACAAACAAGUUGGAGUUUGACGAUGCUGCAGUCAACAGUUGAUGAAGAAUUGGGUUCCUUCACAGGAACCUGAUGUAACAGUCUAGGUGUUUGUGCCUCUUUUUCCAGUGGGACAAACACAUUUUUAAUCUUGAAUGAAUGCAUUUAUUUCUCUAAAUUAUCCUUUUUUUUUUUUAGUUCUGUUUCUCUUAUACAAGUUCUCAAGAUUGAAGAGAAAAGAUGGCCUCUGUUCUCAGACAGUGGAGGAGCUUGGUUAUCAUAUUGUUGGUGCUGGUGGGCAAAUUCUUCAUGGCAGGAGUGGUGUUCGGGGUGGAUUGGAAAUGCAUGGGAUUCCUUACUGCAUCCCUCCCUGCUCCCUACCCGAGAACAGUACAGCACAGGAUCAGGCCCUUCGGCCCACGAUGCUAUGCUGACCAAAUAAAUUAGUAAUUAAAUGGCCAACUAAACUAAUGUCUUCUGCCUACACAAUGUCCAUACUGUAUCUUUCCAUUUUUAUUUUCAGUGUACAUAUGUCACCAUAUACAACCCCGAGGGUCAUUUUCUUAUACUCAAUAGAUCUAUAGAAUCGUAACCACGACAGAAUUGAGAAAGAUUGGCUGCUAGGCAUUCCAGGCAUCCAUCACUGUGCAUGCGUAAAACUUGCCCCUUGUAUCUCCUUUGAAAUUAUCCCCACUCAUCUUAAUUGGUCUCUGCUAUUAGACAUUUCAAUCCUCAUUCUGCCUUCCUCCUUCCUUUCCAGUCCUGAUGAAGGGUCUUGGUCCAAAAUGUCAACUGUUUAUUACCCUCCAUAGAUGCUGCCUGACCUGCUGAAUUCCUGUGGCAUUUUAUGUUCAGCACAAGAACAGGUUCUCGGUCCCAUGAUGUUGUGCCAAACUCAUUAAACUAAGUAAAAGCUUAACUAAACUACCCCUUCUGCCUACACAAUUUUUUUCCCCCUUCCAUUCUCUGCACAUUCACAUCCAUGAGCCUCUUAAACAUCUAUCAUUUGUCUCUCCUCACACUGCAUUUCAGGGACUCCGUAGUUUAAAAAAAAAUUAUUGCUGCAUAUCUCCUUUGUACUUGCUCCUCACCUUGAGUGCAUUGGACAUUUCAAUCCGGUGGUGGGCGGGCGGGGGGGUGCGGGUGGAAUGCCAGCUGUCUACUCUGAUGGUCCUCAUCUUAAAACCUUUUAUCAUGUCUCCCCUCUGCUUCUACUGCUUUGGAGAAAAUGACCCGAGUGUGUCCAACCUCUCCUUGUCGCUCAUGCCCUCAAAUCCAGGCAACAUCCUGAUGGAUCUCUUCUCGACAUCCUUCCUAUAGUGGGGUGACCAGACUGAAUGUGUAGUAUAAAUAAAUAAUUCCCAGUGUCUGGGGGUUGCCUUCAGAACAAAAGGCUAUUUUCAUUAUAAGCUGACGUCAAUGGGGAAGUCUCUCAUCCCAGUCUGGGGUCCAUGGCAUAGAGGAUGGGACCACUGUCUUAGUCCAAGUGUCCCUGGUCCAAAGUGUUCAUUAUUCUUACAACUUCUUGCCUGCUUCUCCCCCCACCUAGCUUUCCCUACUUUUUCAUCACUGCGCAUGUUGUGUACGUGUAGUGAGCUAAACUUUCAUAGUGUCUGGCUUCCUUGCCAAGGUGCUACAGUAUGCACCACGCUGUUCUUGCUAUCCUCCAUGUCCUUCCUGAUAAAUACUAAUGCAAAGAUAUUUGCAAAUUUCAUCAAAAGGUGAUGCCUCAAAAAGGUGGCAUUCACACUAAGGUUCCCCACCCACAACAUCUCUGAAGAUUUAUCCUGGGCCCAACAUUGAUGCAAUCACAAAGAAGGCAGGACACUGGCUACAUUUCAUUAAGGGUUUGAGAAGAUUUGAUAUGUCACCGAAGACUCUGCAAAUUUCUACAGAGGUACUGUGGGGAGCACUCUAACUGGUCACAACGCCAUCUAAUAUGGAGAUGGGGCACUGCACAACAUCAAAAUGCACUGUAAACUCAGCCUCCCCAGCAUCCAGGACAUCUCCAAGGAGUAAUACCUCAAAAAGGCAGCAUUUAUCAUUAAGGACCCCCAUCUUCCCAGGAGGGACAUGCUGUCUUCUCAUUACUGCCAUUAGGAAGGAAGUACAGGAGCCUAGAGACACAUGCUGAAUAAUUCAGAAACAGCUUCCUCUCUAUCAGAUUUCUGAAUGGACAAAGAUCCCAUAAGCACUACCUCAUUACAUUUUUUUUCUAUUUUUGCACUACUUAAUUAAUUUAACUCUUUAAAAAUAAAUACUACUGGGUAUAAUUCGCGGUUUUUAUGGUGUAUUGCAGUGUACUUCUGCAUGACAGUAAAUUUCCUGACAUAUGCCUGUGAUGUUAAACCUCAUCCUGAUUUGGCACCUCUCACCCAUCCUCUUCUUCAUCCUUGAGUGGUCCUGUCUUUCCCUAGUUAGUCUCUGGCUCUUGACAAAAAUAUAGAAUGCUGUAGGAUUCUCUUUAAUCCAACUUGCCAAAGAUUUUUUUUCAUUGCCCCCACUGACUCUUCUAAUUCACUCCUAAUGGUGAUGAUCCUGAUUCUGAUCUGGAAUGUUGUUCCUUGGUCAUAUUUUCAAUUAGCUCCACCCCUCUGCUCAGGAUGGAUUAGUUGCAGAGGACUCUAAUGAGCCAACAGGAGCUCCAGAAGAUGAAUCUAUUUAAUAUCACAGGAAACUAGUUUUUGUGGCAGCAGUACAGAGCAAAGACUUAAGAUCACUACAAAUUGCAAAAAUAUAUAGUGCAAAACCAAAGGAAUAAUGAGGCAGUGUUCAUGGAGACUUAAAGGCCUCACCUGUCCCCAAUCAAGUUCAAGAUCAUAAGACGUAGGUUCAGAGUUGAGCCAUCUGUCCUGUUGAGUCUUCACUGCCAUUUCUUUAUGGCUGAUUUAUUCUCUCUCUCUCUCUCUCAAUCCCAUUCUCCUGUCUUCACCCCAUAACCUUUAACACCCUGACUAAUCAAGAACCAGCCACACUCUAAAUAUAUCCAAUGACUUGGCCUCCACAGCUACUCAUGGCGAUGAAUUCCACAGAUUCGCCACCUCUGCCUAAAGAAAUUCCUCCUCAUAUCUUCUAAAGGGUCAUUCUUGCAUUCUGAGACUGUGCCAUCUGGUCCUAGAUCCUCCAACUAUAGGAAAUAUCCUCUCCACAUCCACUCUUCAGUCAUGGCUCUGUCUGUCUUAAGUAGACAAUGGAUGCACCUGUUCUAGGCCUUUCAAUAUCCGAUAAAUUUCAGUGAGAUUUUCCCCAUCAUUCUUCUAAACUGGAGAACACAGGCCCAGAGCCAUCAAAUGUAUCAAGUUCAUUGUAAUUCUACACAGUUCAAUGGGAAGGGAUGGGGAUGGGUGUGGGGGGGUGGGUUGAUUGUGGUGUGGGAUAGAUGUCUCAUUGUAAAAUACAUUGAUAUUUUUUCACUCCUCUUUGGUGUUCAUGUAAUUGAGAAAUGGGACAGAUCAGCUAGUUUCCACACAUCCCUCCACCCUGUUUAUGAUUCAUUCAUGAUUGUGGAGCACCUGGUUUCAGUGGCCCUCAGAUUUUUGAAUGAACACUGUCUCCAUUGCUCUUUCUGCAUGACUUAUUUAUUGAUAUACUAUAUACAUGUCUUAUGGUAAUACAGUAUUUUUAUGUAUUGCAAUGUACUGCUGCCACAAAACAGAUUUCCCAACAUAAAUUGUCACUUAUCACAUCUUUUCCCACCCCCUACAUUUUUAUUCUUGUGUCUUCCCCCUUCCUUUCUAGUCCUGAUGAAGGGUCUCGGCCUGAAACGUCGACUGUUUAUUCUGUUCCACAGAUGCUUCCUGUCAUGCUGAGUUCCUCCAGCAUUUAGUGUAUGUUGCUCUGGAUUUCCAGUAUCUGCAGAAUCUGUCAUGCUUUAUGAUUUCUCAACAUAUAUCAGUGAUAAUAUUCUGAUUCUGCUCUGAGGUUGGAAAGAACUGCCCCUUGUUGGGUCUGCCAGUGUGCUGUACGGGAUUUGCAUUAUAACUGGUGCCCUCAUUUCACAGCAGUGAAACUGUUACUGUUUUCUCCCAGAAGAGCUGCCAACACAACAAGGUUACCACAAAUGCUCCAGGAAAUACAGAUAAUCCUUGAGUCAGCUGAGAGAAUUCUUUGUUGCUUUUCAUUGAACCUUGCCAGAUUUUGUUUUGGAAUUAAACAGUUUUUGUUUUGGUCCAUCACGGGUAAAGCCCUCCCCACUGCUGAGCGCGUCUACAUGGAGCAUUGACGAAGGAAAGCAGUGUUCAGCAUCAAGGAUCCCCACCACCCAGACCAUGCUCUCUUCUCACUGCUGUCAUCAAGAAGGAGGCACAGGAGCCUCAGGACCCAUGUCACCAGAUUCAGGAACAGUUAUUCCCCUCAACCAUCAAUCACUUGAACCAGAGGGGAUAGUGGCACUCACCCCAUCACUGAACUCUUCCUACAUCCUAUCACUUUCAAGGAUACUUUAUCUCAUGUUCUUUGUAUUUAUUGCUUAUUUAUUUAUUAUUAUUAUUUUGCUUGUUUUUAUUGUUGCUUUGUAUUUUACCUCCCCUUCCUUCCAUGACCUUCUGUCCUCUCCUGUCAGAUUCCUCUUCUACAGCCCUUUAUCUUCUGCCAAUUGACUUCCCAGCUUAGUUCACCCCUCCCCCAUUUUACCUAUCACCUACUAACUUGUGUUUCUCCCUCCCCCUACCUUCUUACCCUGAACUUCUAAUCUUUUUCCUCCAUUUCUGGUGAAGAGUCUUGGCUGGAAAUGUUGACUGUUUACUCUUCUCCAUAGAUGCUGCCUGGCCUGCUGAGUUCCUCCAGCAUUUUGUGUGUGUUGCUUGGAUUUCCAGCAUCUUGUUUGAAAUAUAUAUGUACUUUGAUAAUAAAUUUACUUUGAACUUUGAAUGCCUGUAAAAGUCUGCAUUUUUUAAAAUUUUAGAGCACCACACACACAAAAUACUGGAGGAACUCAACAGGUCAGGCACCAUGUAUGAAGAGUUGAAAGUAAAUUUAUUAUCAAAAUAGGUAUAUGUCACCAUAUACUAUCUUGAGAUUCAUUUUCUUGUGGCAUUCACAGUAGCAGAAAGAAACAGAAUAGGACCAGUGAAAAAGAUGGACGAACAAACAAUGUGCACAAACUGGACUAAUACAAAAAUAAAUAAAUUACAUUGAGAACACGAGAUGUAGAAUCAAUUCAGAGGUGAGAUGAGUGAAGUUGGUUCACGAGGCUGGUGGUUAAAGGGUAAUGAGCUGGUGGGGUGAGUACUUCCUUCCCGAUGGCAGCAGUGAGGAGAGAGCAUGUACUGGGUGAUGGGAUUCUCUGAUGAUAGUCCUUGAGGAAUAAAGAUCCGGUGUUGCAGGCCGAGAUCCUUCAUCGGCAUUUUGAGUGUGUUGCUCUGGAUUUCUAGCAUCUGCAAAAUCUCUAUGUUUUUUAUUUUGGAGAUACGGCACGGUAACCGGUCCAAUGAGCCCUCGGGCCCACUUCAGAUUCAUUUUCUUAUCACGUGCAGUGAAAUGAGCUGUUCGUGCUAACAACCAACACAACUUAUGGAGGUGCCGGGGACUUCUAGUCCUCUGCUGCAAGACUAUUGAUCAGUCCCUUAGUACGAAACGAUGGCUUCUCGCUCUUGUAUCAUACUGCCGCUUGCGCUGUGCUUUCCCUCGAACUGUCACACUUUAUUCUGCAUUCUGCGCCUGUUUUACCUUGUUCUACCUCAGUGCCCGGUGUAAUGUUCUGGUCUGUAUGAAUAGCUUGCAAGACAAGCUUUUCACAAAAUCUUUCUGAAUGGCAGGCAGGGACAAUGGGCCGGAAGGUCGAUUCCGUGACAACAGCCGAAAGACCCGACCCAAACACUAACCACAGCCAGCACUACUGUUCCCUCUUGGCCAGCGCGGGUGUGUGUUCGUGCAGUAACUGUGCACAUAGCCUUGGUUGUCACACAGCUGGAAUUAACACAGGCUAAAUUAAGAAUUAAGAAAGGUUAAUGAAACAUGAAACAUUUUCUUUGUUGUACUGUAUUUCAUUAUACCCUUCAAUUAAUAAAAAGUAUGUGAUUCUUCAAUGUCCAUUCUAAAUAUUCAUAUUACAAAAAAAAAGUCCCGCACGGUUUCAGGCUGCGUAAAAAUUUCCUGCUGGUGUAAAAAGCAGAGGGAACGUUUACCACCACGUACGCUUGCCCACACUGCACCAGAAUAUGUACGAGUUCAAGCCCAAGUUUAUUGUAAUCUGGCUGUACAUAUACACAAGCAAAUGAAACAGCGUUCCUCCGGACCACGACGUACCCAUCAGGCAUAUCAGUCACAGUACAUAAAACAAAAUAUUACAGCAAAUGAGUUAAUAAAUUAUACUUCAAAAUGCCUGCGGUAAUGCUUGACGAGACCUCGAUGGCGGCAGGGUAUUCGUUAGUGUAAUGAUCGUUAUUCGGGGUGUGGAUCCCUCCUGGGGACUCUCUAAUAGAUAACGUAAACUUCUUACUCAUCUCGAGUAACGCACUAUGACAUGAAUGACAUCGAGGAAGUGUGCAUCAGCAUGGGUACAGCUAAAAAUAGAGCAUGAAAAGUUGCAAUGCAAUGGAGGAAUGAGGAAACUGCGGUUUGCUUCAUUCCGUUUGUGCCUGCCAUGCCGGUAACCAGUGUGUGGUAAUUCAGUGAUUUUUUUUUGGGAAAACUGGUUCCUGCUGCCGUUGAAAGUUUAUUUAAUUGCCUCACAGUGAGCCCGGAGUUCACGGUUGAGCGGGAGAGGGAGAGGGAGAGGGAGCAGCCUGUUUGCUUUUAACCGACUUGUUCCAGCGUGUCCAUGUGACCAAGUGCGAGUAUCGGUGCGAGCGGAGCGUUUGCAAAGGCCGAGUCGGCGAAGGCAGCGACGUAGAGUGACGCGUGGAUCUGAGUGGAGAGAGAGAUCAAUGAAAGACCGCUCAACUUGGGCGUUCAAGCAGUGUGCAAAUACAAGAAGAAAGAAAGAAUAACACUGAAUAAGUAUUAAACGUCGAGGUCAUGAGGUGAAGAAGUCCUUGAAAGAAAACAUUGGUGUGAGAUUCCCAGCAAGAGAUCAAGACAGCCAUGGCUCUGACCAUCCACGCCCUGUCCGCUGCCUUUGGCACAGGCUCCUGGAUCGCCAUCAAUGGGCUGUGGGUGGAGUUGCCCCUCCUCGUCCCUGAGAUCCCGGAGGGCUGGUACCUCCCCUCCCACCUCACGGUCAUCAUCCAAGCCGCCAACAUCGGGCCUCUGCUCGCCAUGCUGGCGCACAGGUUUGCGCCGAGCCGCAGGGUAGAGGCGGCCGUCAUCUAUGCCGUCGUGACCGUCGGGAUCCUGGCCUCCUUCCUGCUGCCCUUCUUCUGGAGGCGGACUGUCGAGAUCGCCGGUGCGCCCCGAAGCCUGCCGCUGCUCGCCCUGGCCUUCUUCCUCGCCCUGGUGGACUGCACCUCCUCCGUCACCUUCUUGCCCUUCAUGGCCCACUUCCGACCCCACUUCCUGACCAGCUACUACAUCGGGGAGGGCCUGAGCGGCCUCCUACCGGGCCUCGUCGCCCUGGCGCAGGGGGCAGGGGUGGUCCGCUGUGUGGCAGCCAACGCCUCUGCCAACGACACAGGGGGUCCACUGGUGCCUGUGUCCCAGCCGCCCCGCUUCCCCCCUGAGGCCUUCUUCUUUUUCCUGGGUGGUGUCACUGCCUGCUGCCUGCUGGCCUUCUUCCUGCUCAACCGCCUCCCUCAGGCCCGGCGCCAGCGCGUGGCAGAGGGCGAUGCCGGGGAGCGGGGCUGCGGCAGGGAGAUGGAGAUGGGCGGUAACGGUGGCGAGGAGGAGCUGGAGCAAAAACCCAUGAUUGGUGGGCCGGGCGUGGGGCAAGGUCGGGGGGACAGGACUGAGGAGAGGCCCCGUCGUCGCCUCUGGCUGCUGCCCAUCUUCCUGGUGCUGGCUUGGGUGAACGGACUGACCAACGCUGUGUUGCCUUCCGUCCAGACCUACUCGUGCCUACCCUACGGCAGCAUGGCGUACCACCUCUCAGCUGCACUGGGGGCCGUCGCCAAUCCGCUGGCCUGCUUCGUGGCAAUGUUCCUCCCCAACCGGUCUCUAAGGUUGAUGGCCUUCCUGACGGUUGGUGGCACAGCAGUGGGAUCGUAUAUCAUGGGCAUGGCCGUCCUGAGUCCUUGCCCAUGGCUGGUCCACUCCAAGGCUGGCACUGCCCUCAUUGUGCUGUCCUGGGUGGUGUUCGUGGGGACCCUGUCCUACGUGAAGGUGAUUAUCGGGCUGAUCCUGCGGGACGAGGGCCACGGUGCGCUGGUGUGGUGCGGUGCCGUGGUGCAGAUCGGCUCUAUGCUCGGCGCGCUCACCAUGUUCCCGCUGGUCAGCAUCUACAGCCUCUUUCGUGCCGGAGACCCCUGUAACACGCAGUGCCCGGCCUGAGCCGAGGGCUGGCGGCCGGCUGGCGGGUUGGGGGUCACAGGGAGCAACGACACGGUAACAGUGGACCCCCUCAGCGUGCUGACGGAGCGGCAGACCCUGGCGGUCACUCCCCACCCACAGUCCCACCCAGUUACAGGGGAAAUGGGCAGGAGGUUCAUUCGGGUUACUCUGAGGGAAGGGCAGGCAGAUAGAUGUAGAGAGUAGUUGGCAGUGUGGGGGGAGACGGCCCAGUCCGGAGGGAAGACACCGUCCCGUUUGCUCUACCCUCCUCCCACUUUCGCCCACCCCAGCGCUGGUGGUCAGUGUAGCCGAGGAGUGCAGCUCCCGUCCCCGUGAUGGGCAUUGGAAAGCUGACAAGGUCUGGCCGGGAGGAGUCUGUGUGGGUAGCAGUGUGUCUGUGUUUGGGGGUGGAGUGGGGGUAUCUUUGUGUCUGUCUGUCUAUAUGCAUGUGUGUUGGUCAGGGUGUAUGUGGAGGAAUGGAAUGGUGGCGUGUGUGUCUCUUUCUGUCUAAUUGUGUGAGUGUGGGAGGGGGUGUGUGUGGGUGGAGAAGGGUCAGGAUAGUGAGACAGCUCGUGGGUUCCGGGAAUGGAGUGUGGGAGUGUGCGAGGGGUGGUGGUCUGGAGACGUGAAGCAUGCCCCUUUUCCGAGCGGGAUAGGUGUUCCUUAAACUGGGAAUCCAUCAUCUAAAGUUGCGAGUCUGUGUGGGUGGGUGGGUCAGCCUGCACCUCAUUCACAUCCAGUCUCGCCUGAUCCCCCCUCAGAGGUGCCACCGAUAUUUCGGAACAAAACGUCUCAGCUCUGCCACUGGCCCUAGGUGACAGGUGGGUUUAUCUAAGGCCAGGCCAUUCAGCCCAUCGAGUCAGUUCCGGGCUCCUGGCUUUGGCGCUCCUUGGACUGGUUUAGGUACACAGCGGACGCCCGUCGUGUUGGAGUAUGUGGAGGGAAUUCAAUUUGGUUGGAGUACACCCCUGGGACAUCUGUGCCCAAAGAUGCGAAACAUGGAGUCCACUCCAUCGAGACCAAAGAUUCUUUGUAUAAACACAGAUUCCUGGCUGACCUGUGCCUUCGUGGCAGCACUCCAACCAGCUGCUGCCAUUGCUGAGAGUAGCAGCCUCUGCUGGAAUCGUCCUGGGUUGAGGGCUGGCCCCUCUUGUCAGUGCUCCUCUCCAGUAUUCACUUGGCGGAAGAACAAUCGGCAAACACGCCACCCAGAGACUUGGGCUGGAUUAUUGUUUUUUUUUCUGAACUUAUGUCUCUGAAAUUGUAACAAUAUGCUCCUUCUGUGCGAUUUGCUGCUUGCAGUCUGCUGCUGGUAGUGUGCCUUGCACCUGGCCUCGGAGGAACACUGUAUUGUUCGGCUGUAUUCAUGUAUGGUUACAUGAUAAUUAAACUUGAAGUAAAGUUUCACAUCUAGUUGGCUGGAAUUGAAGACUGAGAAAAAGUAUUUGCUGACGGUGAUUUGUGUACGUGUCUGUGUGUGGAGUGGCUGUUGUGUUCAACUCACACUUCUGAAGAUACCUCUGCCUAGAUUGAGUACAUGAGAUGGGAUGUUAUGUUGAAGUUGUACAUGAUGUUGGUGAGGUCCAAUUUGGAGUAUUGUGUGUAGUUCUGGUCACCUACC